CCUCUUUAUUUCCACUUCCCUCGACUCCCACGCAUCUCGAAGUGUAUGUAAUCGUUCUUGGACUCGGCAGAACGACCGUCGAUCGGAGACUGUUUUAAUGAUAGAGAGAAAAACAUCGGCGAAGAGAGGUUCGAUUGGCAAGACGGGGAGGCGAGACGCGCAGCUAUUUCGAAGCAGGAAUCAAGAGCUAGGAACGGAGAACUCCGGCUGUCAGUCCGAUUCAAAGAUCCAUUCGACGUUGGCAGGGUGUCUUUAGUUUCCUCGCAAUGAUCCGAAAUCAACUUGCCGGCAUUGCGAGGAAACCCAGGGAAUUAUUUAGUGACCGUGUCACCGAAAUUCAGCGAACGGAAAGCCCAGAGGCGUUUCGAUGCAUUCGUAGGAGUUUUCGAGGAUCUUGUUGAACUCUGAACGUUCGGACUAACGAGAGAUACGAUCGUACGAAUCGUUGUCGAAAAAAAUUUUUGUUGUGGAAAAAAAAGGGCCUUCCGAGUCGCGCCGGUCCUCAAACAACGCACUCCCGCAUCAACGAAGAGAAGAAUAAAAAAUGUCUCAUACAAAUAUCGCGCUAUCGAUUCUCCCUGGUAAUAUCCGGUCUGACGAAAAUGCUCCAGCGUACCAACGAGCUGGCACCGUGCAGCGGCGGACAAAGAUCUUUCCAUUUUUCCGAUCAAGACCAAAAUUGUUACGAAUCGAUCAUCAUCGUGCUCGACACUCUCGAACGAUGUCUGAGCAACCAGCCGAAGGAUACGACAAACUUCGACGAAACGAUGAACGUCAAACUGCUGCUAAGAGAGAUAUGUCAAUUCAUUGACGUGCCCAACGAAAGUCCUCAGCACGCGCAUCUCAAGAAUCUCGCCAGCAAAGUACUGUUCGCCCUAAGUCUAAACUUCUUCAACGCGGUAUUUAACCGUAUCUCCGCGCGUCUGCAAGAACUCUCGGUAUCGAGCGAGGAGAAUCCCGAUUGCAGCGACAUAGAGCUGAUCCAGCAUAUCAACGUCGACGUUCAUAGAUUGACGAGGCUUUUGAAUGUUGGAACAGAAACGAUUCAGAAGUUCAGGCAGCUGAAAAAAUCGGCUCAUCUGGUGCUGAGCAACUCGUUGGAGAAGGCCAUAUGGAAUUGGAUGGACACGUACCCCCACGAGUUCGCGGAUAUACAGAAAAAACCGAACGACGACCUCUCCAAGGUAUGCGGCGAGCUGUUCGACAUCCUCGACACAUUCGCCGACAACAAGAAGGGGAGGGCCGCGGCGGUUUGGCCCCUCCAGAUAAUGGUGCUGAUACUGUCGCCAAAAGUGCUGGAGGAAAUCGUGAACGCCGACUCGGGUGCCCCCUGCUCGCCGAGGCACUCCAAGAAGAAACAGUUCAUAGACAGCGUGAAAAAGGGCUUGGGAAUGCACGGUGGAUCCAACAGACAGUUGGUCGAAGCGGCGGCCGUCACUUGCGUGAAACUGUGCAAAGCCUCGACCUACAUAAAUAUCCUGGAUUCGAACAACGUAGCCUUCACACUGGUCCAAAAUAUCAUAAACGAUCUGAAAGCGUUGCUGUUCAAUCCUUGCAAACCUUUCUCCCGCGGUCAGAACUACGUAGCCCAGGACAUCGAUCUGAUGAUCGAUUGCUUCAUCAGCUGUUUUCGGAUAAAACCCCACAACAACGAAGCACUGAAAGUCUGUCUGAACCUCAACUUUCCCUCCACUUAUCAGUUCGUGCUGGUCAGCUCUCUUUACAAGAUAAUAACACAGCCGAGAUUGCCCUGGUGGCCGCAAAUCGAUCUCGUUUAUUCGCGCAGCGCCGAGAUGAGGGCAAUGUUCACCGACACCUUGAACAAAGUUGCCCAAGGUUACAUCUCCCACGCACCCUUGCGCAUGAUUCAGAGUCUGACGUUGAAGGGAAAGGAGCAGAGCAAGUACAAGGAUCGGGGCGAGGACAUUUCCGGCUACCGUAAUCUACUGCUCUGGAUGGUUCGAUUGAUCCACGCGGAUCCCAUGCUGAUGUUGAACAGCCAGGGAAAAGCGGGUCACGAGAUCCAGAGUUCGACAUUGGAACUGAUCAACGGACUGGUAUCGCUGGUCCAUCAACCGACGAUGCCAGACGUCGCUCACGAAGCGAUGGAAGCUCUCCUGGUAUUGCAUCAUCCGGACAAGAUCAAGGCCUGGAAUCCGGAGGCUCCCAUAAACACAUUCUGGGACGUCAGUUCCCAGGUUCUGUUUUCCAUAUCGCAAAAAUUGAUUCAGCAUCAAAUAGUCAAUUACACGGAUAUACUGAAGUGGUUGAGGGAAAUUCUGGUGUGCAGGAACGCUUUCUUGUCGCAGAACAAAGAUUACGCGAACGUCGGCAGUCAGAUAGCCAUCUGCAAACAGGCGCACAUAAAAUUGGAGGUUGUUUUCUUCAUGUACCUGUGGAGCAUCGAUAUGGAGGCGGUUUUGGUGGCGAUGUCUUGUUUCGCACUGCUGUGCGAGGAGGCUGAUAUCAGAUGCGGCAGCGACGAGGUUGCCGUCACUUGUCUCCUACCGAAUUAUCACUUGUACAUCGAACUCGCCCAGGCUUCGAGCAUUCUAACGACAGCCAGCGGAGAAAGUAGGAUUUAUUAUUAUGAACAUAUCCAUGGACGUGCCGCUCUUCAAAAACGGAUCAUGACGCUUCUCAGGAAAAUUGAACACUGCGUGAACGGCGUGCAACCGGCGUGGGAAGAGACCUUCAGAAACUGGGAACUAGCUUGCCGUCAGUUAUCCAAUUACCGUAAGACCAAGUCCGAAGAUCCCCAGACGGAACCGUCCCACCGUAGCACCGGUAAACGAAGAGCUUCCCAUCAGAAUUCCGAACACGAACUAGAGGAGCAGAUAAACGAAUGGGCGAACAUGACGGGAUUCUUGUGCGCGAUGGGGGGCGUUUGUCUGCAGAGAAGAUCACCGAGUAGACCGGUUUCCGGUCUCGUGCCGAAUUCCGAACCCAAGAGAAGCAAUACCCUGGCCAAUCCGACUCAGGAAGUUCAGUACUGUCCGGUGACUCAGUUCGUGUUCAAUCUCCUACGGCUUUUGAUAUGCAACAACGAGAAGUUCGGGGCGCAAAUGCAGAAGCACGUCAAGGAACUGGUCGGCUACGAGAUGAGCCCCGCGCUGUACCCGAUCUUGUUCGACCAGAUAAAGAGCAUCGUUGAAAAAUUCUUCGAUCAGCAAGGGCAGGUGGUCGUUGCCGACGUCAACACGCAGUUCAUAGAGCACACGAUAUUCAUAAUGAAGAACGUUUUGGACUCGAAAACCGAUCAGCCGUCGGAGCAUCUGGGGGUCACGAGCAUAGAGGGUAUGAUGUUGGCUAUCGUCAGGUACGUCAGACACCUGGACAUGACGGUUCACGCGAUACACAUAAAGACUAAGCUCUGUCAGCUGGUCGAAGCCAUGAUGAAAAGAAGGGACGAUCUCGCAUUCCGACAGGAGAUGAAGUUCAGGAACAAACUCGUCGAGUAUCUAACCGAUUGGGUGAUGGGAACCAGUCAUCAAAUAGCUCCUCCGAGCGGCGGCGACGUCACCGUUAUCACCAGUAUUUACUCUAGGGAUCUGGACCAGGCCUGCAUGGAGGCUGUGGGGGCGCUGUUGCGAGGGCUGCCCCUUCAGCCGGAGGAGUCAGACAGAGGUGAUCUCAUGGAAGCGAAAUCUCAGUUGUUCCUAAAGUACUUCACCCUCUUCAUGAACUUGCUGAACGACUGCAGCGAAUCCACCGAGGAGAAGGAGGUCGUGUCCAGGCAAAGGGUUACCGAGGGUAAACUCUCCACGCUCAGAAACGCUACGAUUCAAGCGAUGAGCAAUCUACUGAGCGCCAACAUAGACAGCGGUCUGAUGCAUUCGAUAGAUCUCGGCUACAACAGAGAUCUUCAAACGCGAGCCGCGUUCAUGGAGGUACUGACGAAGAUCCUUCAGCAAGGUACGGAGUUCGAUACCCUCGCCGAAACGGUUCUGGCCGACAGAUUUGAGCAACUCGUCCAACUGGUUACGAUGAUCAGCGACAAAGGAGAGCUGCCUAUCGCCAUGGCGCUCGCUAAUGUCGUCACCACCAAUCAGAUGGACGAGUUGGCGAGGGUUUUCGUAACACUCUUCGACGCUAAGCAUCUGCUCUCGCCUCUGCUGUGGAACAUGUUUUACCGCGAAGUCGAAGUUUCCGACUGCAUGCAGACGCUGUUCAGAGGCAACAGUCUGGGCAGCAAGAUAAUGGCCUUCUGCUUCAAGAUCUACGGGGCGAGCUAUCUCCAGAGUCUUCUCGAGCCUUUGAUCAAACCGUUACUCGACGAUCCCCUCACGAGUUUCGAAGUCGACAGCGCCAGAAUCGACGCCAACGAAGACAUAGACCAGAACGGAAGAAACCUCAUCGUUCUUACGCAAAAAGUUUUCGACGCUAUCGUUUCCUCCGCGGACAAAUUUCCACCACAGUUGAGAUCCAUGUGUCACUGUCUUUACCAAGUGCUGAGCAAAAGAUUUCCCCAGUGUCCGCAAAACAACAUCGGUGCCGUCGGUACGGUGAUAUUCCUGAGGUUCAUCAAUCCAGCCAUAGUGUCGCCUCAGGAGAUGGGAAUAGUCAGCAAGCAGGUCCCGACUCCGGUGAAGAGGGGCCUGAUGCUGAUGUCCAAGAUAUUGCAGAAUAUCGCCAAUCACGUGGAGUUCAGCAAAGAGCAGCACAUGCUGCCGUUCAACGACUUUCUCAGAGCACACUUCGAGAUCGGCAGAAGAUUUUUCAUCCAGAUAGCGUCCGAUUGCGAAACGGUCGAUCAGGCGAACCAUCCGAUGUCGUUCAUAUCCGACGCCAACGUAUUGGCGUUGCACAGACUGCUCUGGAAUCAUCAGGAGAGGAUCGGAGAUUACCUGAGCAGCAGUAGGGACCACAAGGCGGUCGGCAGAAGACCGUUUGACAAAAUGGCCACUCUUCUGGCGUACCUGGGCCCUCCGGAGCACAAACCCGUCGAUUCUCACCUUUUGUUCUCGUCGUACGAUCGUUGGUCGAGUAUCGACAUGUCCUCGACGAAUUUCGAGGAGAUUAUGGUGAAGCACAACAUGCACGAGAAGGAGGAAUUCAAGAGCAUCAAGAGUUUGAACAUUUUUUACCAAGCCGGAACUAGCAAGCAGGGUUAUCCCGUGUUUUACUACAUAGCGCGAAGAUACAAAAUCGGCGAGACCAACGGCGACCUGUUGAUCUAUCACGUGAUACUGACGUUGAAACCGUUCUGUCAUUCGCCGUUCGAGCUCGUCGUCGAUUUCACGCACACUUGUUCCGACAAUCGUUUCAGGACCGAAUUUCUGCAAAAAUGGUUUUACGUACUGCCGGAAGUCGCCUACGACAACAUCCACGCUGCUUACAUUUACAAUUGCAACAGUUGGGUCAGAGAGUACACGAAAUUUCACGACAGAAUUUUGGCGCCGUUGAAGGGGAACAGAAAGGUCGUCUUCAUCGAAGCCCCCGGAAGACUGAACGAUCUCAUCGAUCUCGAACAGCAAAAAUUACCCGGUGCCACCCUGUCCCUCGACGAGGAUCUCAAAGUUUUCAACAACGCUCUGAAACUCUCGCACAAGGACACGAAAGUAGCGAUCAAGGUAGGACCGACCGCGAUACAGAUCACUUCGGCGGAAAAGUGCAAGGUUCUGUCGCACGCGGUUCUUCUGAAUGACGUUUACUACGCCUCGGAAAUCGAAGAAGUCUGUCUGGUGGACGACAACCAGUUCACGCUAACCAUCGCCAACGAAUCCGGUCCGCUCUCUUUCAUACACAACGACUGCGACAGCAUAGUCCAAGCGAUCAUACACAUCAGAAAUCGUUGGGAAUUGUCGCAGCCGGAUUCCGUCACGGUCCAUCAAAAAAUAAGGCCCAAAGACGUACCCGGAACUUUGCUGAACAUGGCGCUGCUGAACUUGGGCAGUUCGGAUCCGAAUCUGAGGACAGCGGCGUACAAUCAGCUGUGCGCGUUGACCGCCACGUUUGACCUCAAGAUCGAAGGUCAGCUCUUGGAAACGUCGGGUCUCUGCAUACCCUCGAAUAACACGAUAUUCAUAAAAUCGGUGAGUGAAAAAUUGGCGACAAACGAACCACAUCUGACCUUGGAGUUUCUCGAAGAGUGCAUUCAGGGGUUCAGGGUCUCUAACAUCGAACUGAAACACUUGUGUCUCGAGUACAUGACGCCUUGGCUCGCGAAUUUGGUAAGAUUUUGCAAACCAUCGGACGAGAGUAAACGCCAGAAGCAGGUCACUCAGAUUCUCGAGAAGCUGAUAACCUUGACCAUAGAGGAGGUGCAAAUGUACCCGAGUAUACAGGCGAAAAUUUGGGGUAGUAUCGGCCAAGUUCCGGAGCUCAUCGAUAUGGUUUUGGACAAUUUCAUCCAACGCAGCGUACGGUACGGCCUCGGAACACCGAUGGUGGAGAUAAUGGCGGACACCGCGGUCGCCUUGGCCUCGGCAAACGUUCAAUUGGUCGCGAAAAAGGUCAUCGGAAGGCUGUGCCGUGUCGUCGACAAGACCUGCACAUCCCCAACCGCUUUGCUCGAGCAGCACAUGAUGUGGGACGACAUAGCGAUUCUCGCACGUUACUUGCUAAUGCUUUCGUUCAACAACUGUCUGGACGUCGGACGUCACCUUCCCUACCUCUUUCACACGGUCACCUUCCUCGCGUGCUCCGGCAGCCUGAGCAUGAGGGCGUCGACUCACGGACUCGUUAUCAAUAUCAUUCAUUCCUUAUGUACCUGCACAAAACCCUCCUUCUCCGAGGACACACAGAGAGUGUUAAGACUUAGUUUGGACGAAUUUUCGCUACCGAAAUUUUACCUGCUCUUCGGUAUCAGCAAAGUGAAGUCCGCCGCGGUGACCGCGUUCAGAUCAAGCUACAGACAUUCGAACGAGAAGUGGUUCGGGAACGAGAGGAGUUUGUCCGGCGGUCAGGACAGAGAGCGAUUGGCGCUGACCAGUCUCGAGGUGAUCACCGACGCGCUACUGGAAAUAAUGGAAGCCUGCAUGAGGGACAUCCCGGACUGCGAUUGGCUGCAGACAUGGACAUCACUGGCGAAGAGUUUCGCCUUCUGCUUCAACCCCGCCCUGCAACCCAGGGCCCUCAUAGUGUUCGGAUGCAUCAGCAAGAGCAUCACCGAUCAGGAUAUCAAACAGUUGCUGAGGAUACUCGUCAAGGCCCUGGAGAGUUUCAACGACAUCAUUCUACUGGAGGCUAUCGUGAUGUGCCUGACCCGACUGCAGCCUCUGCUCAGACCAGAAUCUCCCAUCCAUCGAUCGCUCUUCUGGGUGGCAACUUCGGUUCUCCAACUGGACGAAGCUUCCCUAUACGCAUCCGGACUCGCUCUACUCGAGCAGAAUUUACACACCCUCGAUUCCCAAGGGAUGUUCGACGACAAGACUCUCGAGCAAGUGAUGAUGUCCACUCGCGAACCUCUCGAGUGGCAUUUCAAGCAACUCGAUCACGCCGUCGGUCUCUCCUUCAAAACGAAUUUUCACUUCGCACUGGUGGGCCACCUCCUCAAGGGCUACAGACAUCCGACCCCGACCACCGUCUCGAGGACGGCUAGGGUACUCACGAUGCUUCUGGCCAUCGUGGCGAAACCCCUGCGACGAGACAAGUUCGAGGUGACCCCGGACAGUGUGGCUUAUCUGGCCGCGUUGGUGUCGGUUUCCGAGGAGGUUCGCAGCAGAUGCCACAUCAGGCAUUCGUUGGGUCGUACGGUCACGGAGUCCGGAAGCACGGAUUUUCUCGACACUCUUGUACCGCACAACACGGAUGUCGUCACCGGUGGUAUGACGAACCCCACGAAUCGUAGGCAAAAAUCGUGGGACCUUCUCGAUCAGUCGGCCAUCACGCAGGCCAAACAACAGAAACAACACACGCCGCAUCAGACCGGCCGGAUUUUAUUUAAAACGCAGAGGUCUUUCUCCGUACCAACGACGAAGGAAGCCAAGCCGAUCAACGACUCGGAACCAAAGAAUCGUAGCGCCCGUGUGAGCGUCAGUAACGAAAAUAACGUUCUGCUCGAUCCGGAAGUGCUGACCGAUUUUCCCACCCAAACAUUGGUUCUAACCGUCCUCGCGACUCUGGUGAAAUAUUCCACCGACGAAAACGAGACGAGAAUUCUUUACCAGUAUCUCGCGGAAGCAUCCGUGGUAUUUCCAAAGGUCUUCCCGGCGAUCCACAAUCUUCUGGCGGCGAAAAUCACCAGCGUCCUGUCGUCUUGCCACGACCAAGUUAUACUGAGCGCCGUCGAAGCCAUCAUACAAAACAUGAUAGCCUGCGAGGACACCAGCCAGCAGCAGUUGCACUUUUUGCAGAGUUGCGGCUUCGGAGGACUUUGGAGAUUCGCCGGUCCGUACACCAAGUGCAACCCGACCGCUGAGAGCGCGGAACUGUUCGUGAACUGUUUGGAAGCGAUGGUGGAAACUUGUCUUCCGGUGGAAGAAGGCGAGGGUAUGGCCAGCGGGGAGCAACCUCCGAGGGAGGAAAACGUGACAGUUGUAGAAACUAGCCAAUACCCGAGCAUGCUGGCUGUCGGUUCUGUUUCGAACGUUAAUUUGAACGCCGCCGGCAGCGGCUCCGGGCAUCCGAUCGUUUCGAGUCCAACGGAAAAUGAAGGUGACAUAUUGAGUACCGCGUCGUUGGACCGCUAUCAAAAAAGGGGGAGAAAAGGAAGUCUGACUACCGGGAUUCUGGUCCCGGCGGGGAGCGACGACGGAGGCGGUGCGAUUCCGCUCACCUAGCAAUUAGUUCAGAACCCUGGCGGCCGCGAGGGUGAGCAGGGCUCUGAACAAGAUAGUCAAAAAUUACAGCAGACGAUCAGGAACCCGAAUAUCCUGGCCCCCUGCUACUGCUGUUACAUGUCCAGCCAGAUAAACCCAACACCGUCCACCUCACACUGAGAUGAGUCUACCUGAAGACGAAAAGAGGAAGAGCGAGCAAGAAAACACGAAAAAGAAGGUUAGCUGCCCUUAUAGUUCCAUAUUUUUUCAUGCCACUUGGGCCGGUGAUUUUGCCUUUAUCGCGCGCCCCUUGCCCCGCUAGAGCUGCUAUAACGAUAUGAUUUUGUAAAUAGAUUUUACUUUUUCGAUUAUGUCGUGGGUAAAAGUGAUCUCCACCGACGUGGAAAAUGUUGAAGGUUUGACUUUUGUGCGUGAAUAUCCACACGAGCAGAGAGUCGUCUCCCGGUGUCGGUGGCAGCGGGUUUUACGUAUUUAUUGAAAAUCGAUCGCUCUCGAUAAUAACGAGUUGAAUUUUCUAUUUAAUUGAAAACUUGAGAAUAAUUAGUUCUCGCAAAGUCGGUAGUGUAAUCGAUAUUAAUUAAUUGAACGACGAGGCUCACCUUGGCUGCUAAUUGUUUACUGCGUAUAAUAAAUGUACACAUAUAUUUUUAUUCGCGCCUAAAAAAUUUUUUACAUAACAAUCGUGUUUCACCGAGCGGUUUUCUUUUUCUUUUUAAUCCUAGGUUAAAAUAAAAUCAUUGAAUAAUUACUGUAAAUCGUUCGACUUAUUGUUGAGAUAGAAAAAUUAUAUAUAUAUAUAUUAUUGUAUAUGUAUAUCGACCGUUUGGUAAACGCUGAGAUAAUCAAUGUUAUCGAUAUCGACGCGAAAGUUGUUAACGAAUCGAAAUUAUUUUUCUUUCGAUUGGUCAUCGUUUCAUUUCGUUCGUCGGAAAUUUUUUUUUUUUUCUUUCUUCCCCUCUUUUCAUUGUAUUGCGGUUAACGGUGGUUUUGAAAUUUGAAAAAUUUCGUAAUCUUUUACAACCACCUCACGAUACAGCUGGUUACGAUCUACACAAUGUAAAACAAACGAAAAAAAAAAAAAAAAAAAAAAUAUGAAUCACAAGAGUACAAAUAUCAGACAGACCGUGGAUCUGAUGAGAAAUAUUUCAUUCUGCGGCUCACAGACUGCGUAUUUUAUUAACAAAAAAAAAAAAAAAAAAAGAAACGAAAAAAGUUUAGGAAAAAGAAGAACAGAUUAACGAAUGAAUUAUAUAUGAAAAGCGCAAGCUCAUCGGAGCGACCGCAUCACCGGUACCUUUGUGAAAAAAAUUGUUAGGAGCGAAGACAAAGUUGCAAAAAACAAAAAAAAGAAAAAAGGAAAAAGAAUUCAGAUCGCUGGUUGAUAAUUUAUUCAUAUAUAUAUAAUUGCCCAUAAAAUAACUGUUGUUCUCGAUGUGCAUUGCAUAUAUUGAUGUCCGAUUAACAAAAAACGAAUGGAAAUUUGUUUUCCGGUUUUUUGAAUUUGUUUUUGUUUUUUUGUUUUUUGAUUUCAAAACGUCGCGUCGUGAUUACCAAAUUAAGCGCAGCUGCUUUCCGUCACAUUGUAUAAGUCUCUUUACUUUUGCAUUUUCCUUUUUUACACUUCGGAUACUUACUGUGUAAGAGAAGAUAAAAAUUAAUUAUCGAAGAAAAGAUUAAACAAUUGAAUGUCGUGAAACUUUGCUCACGCAGUAUUAGUUGCAAUAUAUGAUUAAUCAGUAUAUAGGUAUAUAAUAAUUAAAUCAGAGAGCUCCGUGUUGUUGUUACGUGUCGAAAAAAAAUUAUAGAGAAAACGUGAAAAUUCAAAGAAAUGAAUGACAUAAAAUAAACGAAUGUAGCGGAUACAAAAAAAAAUAUAUAUACAUAUAUAUAUAUAUCUAGAUUAUAAUACAUAUUCGUGGCCUAAGCUAAGCGCGGGGAAAUUUUAGUGUAACUGUGCCUGUAAUCAUAUUACCAAUUAUUAAUUAAUUAUUCCGGGCUGCGGUUGAUGUACAAGAUAUACACACGACUGUCGUAUGAUUAGAAAUUUUUACAAAUCGAUUUUCUAUCAUUUUUCGCUUUUUCCAAAACGAAGGAAAGUGCCGCUAAUUUCUGUACAGGUACUGAAAAUUAAUUCGUUCACAAUGGAUCAGGAUUAUUUAUUCAUUUUUCAUUCCGUUCUGCGUCGGGUCGUAUCUUUUAUUUCUUCCUCUUCAAUUUUUCAAUCACUUUUUAGUCGCUAUCUUUCUUUCAAUCAAUCGAACGAUCGCGUACAUAACUCAGCAUACUAGCUGUACUAUAAUAUACUAGCUGUGUUCUACCAAAGGGAUAUAGUAUAAAAACAAAAAUCAAAGAUAAAUUAGAUAGAGAGAAUAACAAACAAAAAAAAAAAAAAAAAAACCAACAAAAAAUGAAUGAAUAAAUAAUAAUGUAUAGUUAACUUAUAUGUGAUGCGUAUUCGAUGUUAUACGUGUUGAUUUCAUGUUUAUUUUACAUAUCACUUAGGGUCACUCAAUCGGGUUGUUUGGGGGUGAGAAAAAAAAAAAAAUGAAAUAAAAUUACGAAUAAACGAAGAAAAAAGGUUUUCAAUUCUGAAGGGAUGAAAAUCAGUUUAUUUCUAAAAUCCUAUAUUAUAUCUGAGUGCGGAAACAAAAAUUUAAUGAAUGAGUAGUGAAUAGAGGGAGAAAGCAAGAGAGAGAGACAGAGAGAAAGAGAGAAAAAUAGAGAGAGAGAAACUCGAAUCCCGAUUAUAUCGAAAUAAUGGGUUUUUUUUUUUUUUUUUUUCUACGAUAUAUGUUUUUUACACCAAUAUCGAAAACCUCGAGUAAUUAAUCUGUCGAGUAAUUUAAUAAUAUAAUACGUUGUUGUCAGAGGAUAUCUAUACGUAUACGUAUGUAUGUGAAUAUAUACUUAUAUAUAUUUAUAGAUAUACAUGUUAGAUUUUAAUAUAUUAUUAUAUUGUAAAACCAAAACGAAACGAUAAGAAAGAAAAAUAUAUAAUACGUACACAUAGACCAUAUAAUGAAAAUAAAAUCAUAUGCCAUUAUAUUGCUGAAUAAUAUUUUUUACGAUAGGUAUAUACAAUAUGAUAUAAAAGUUAAAUGAAGAACAGAAAUGAAAGAGAUAAAAAAAAAAAAAAAGAAAAGAAAAACCAAACUCAACAACAAAAUGAAAAAAAAAAUUCACAUUAUAUACAUGAAUAUCGUUGCGAGCAUUCAGCGUUCAGGGUGGUAUACAAUUAAAUGUAAUAAAUAUAUGAUAUUGCAUAAACAAUAUAAGAACGAAACAAAAAGGAUGGAAAAAUUCAAUCAAUUAAUUCAUGACGGCAGUCUUUGGUACGGGUCGCGGUGUUCCUGCGACCUUUUCGUUUGUACGAUAUUGUUGGUAUUAUGAUUGAUAUGAUUAUUAUUAUUAUUAUUGGUAUUAUGAGUCUUGAUAUCAUGCAAUUUAAAACAAGAAGAAAACGCUAAACAUUGAUAUAAUUUAAUGUACCGUGUAUAAUAUAAUAGACGGAAGAAAUCGGGCCUACGAGUUGAAGGCCUGGGAUUAUUGAAUGCAGA